GCCCCGUAGAAUAACCCUUGAAAUAAGUGAGAACAGAUUCAUAGCUGUUUGCAAUAUUAGUGCACACACCCUUAACAUGGUCACUCUACAUUUUUGCUAUUUUAAGGUAGGAUCAAUGGAAAUUUCAGAAUUAAAUUAAAGGAAACAAGUGAAAAAUCAGUUAACGAAAAUGUUGAAUUCGAUAAUUACUGUGAUUGUGAUCUGUGUAUCACAAAUUGUUUGUUCGACGCCAUUAUCAUCGCCUGCGAACACUGCUGUUCCAGAGAUUGAAGAACCCCCAGCGCCUUACUCAUUGUCAUCCACAUACUUAACUUACCUGGCGAAAGUCGAACAAGAAGUAUACAAGGAAAUUAAACAAUACGCAGAGGAUUUGCAAGAAAGAUUGCAGCUAGCGCAAGCAUAUUUAAAAGACUACGAGGACAGUACACUGAAGGGAACCAACCACUUACCGAAAAAUGCAGAUCCAUGGCAAAGGGCAGGUGAAGCAACAACUCAUCCGCUAAUGGCGUACAGAAUGGUGCGGAGAUUUUCCAAAGAAUUCCAAAGUUUUGUUCUGAACCUGGACCAGGUGCUUGAAAACAAAAUGGUUCAACGGCUCAAAGAUCAAGGACUGCACAAUUGGCCAGGCGAAAUGGAUCUCGUGGAAGCUACGGAUGCUCUUCUGAGACUGCAUUAUGUCUACGACAUGGACAUUGAGCAGUUUGCGAAUGGAAAUAUUGGAGGUGUCACAACUGACGUGGGACUGACAACAGCGCAAAUUUUCGAGGUUGCUGAGUACACCAUUGACUACGGUUAUCACACAUUAGCUUUCGAUUGGCUCAACGCGGCAGAGUCAAAGAUGAAAAAUGAAAAUUGCACAGCAAUUAGCCAGACUCAAAUUGAUAGGGCGUACGCAAGAAAUGUACAGUUGCACGACAAUGAGUACGUGCACAAUGCUGAAAUGCAACACUUGUUCAUCUUUAAUGGAAAGCUGAAAGACUCGACCAAUCCGCUUCGAAUGCGAGACGUAAAAAUUAAUUAUUUCACUAAAAACCUAGACGACACUGCAAUGCAAGCCGGACAUUACAAAUUUCUUGCAAUGUGCAAUGGAAUCCAUUUACAAGAUGCUAAAGUAAAAUCAAAAUUGAAAUGCUGGUUGGACACUCAACGCAAUCCCUACUUUACCAUCAAUCCAUUGAAAAUGGAAUUAUUACAAGAAGAGCCGCCGUUGCUUCAAAUCUACGAUGUGAUCACUGAUAAGUGGAUUGCGGACUUGAAAAAGACCGCAACACCAUCGCUUCGCCGUCCUCCACCCGUUGCCGCCGGUGCCACACCAAGAUCGGCUGCAUAUGCCUGGCUUCGAGAUGAACACAUCCCGAACACACCGCUGUCUAGGAGAAUCGAACUAAUUACCGGUCUAAACGUACAAGGAAUGGCGGCAUCUGUCGCCCUGCAAAUCGCUUCCUACUCCUUCGGGGGUCAUGUAUCGACACAUUACGAUUCGUUGGCGGCUACAGAUCCAAAUGAUCCUGUCAUAGCGGCAAAAGGGGAUCGCGUUACUACAUUCCUCAUUUAUCGCGAAGCUAUUAUACCAACGCCAUGGAUUCCGACUCAGAAGAAUCGAAUGACAAUAUAUGCCCAAUUUGCCACAGAGACUUCGAGACAUUAGCCGGUAUAAAACUUCAUUGGUCUAGAGGUCAUACAAGUGGUGAGAUCCAAGCUGCAAUUGAGCGUAAUUCUCAAGAUCUUCCACCAUUACCCGUCGGUCCAGUGCUUCCAACUCAAUCUGUGAUAUCUCAAUCAGCAAAUGCCAUCGUUCAAGACAGUGCAACAUGCCGUACUUGUGGCUUUAUAGCAAAAAACGAGAAAGGUCUGAGAGUCCACGAAAGAGUUCAUAGCAGCCAACAAACUACAAGUGAUGAUCACCAAGCACCACAGGGGCAAAGUGUCCUAGACUUCAGCGAUGAAUCAAGUGUUAUUCAGCGUUUUGGUGAAAUCCUCUACAAAUGCAAGUGUUCCAUACCGGUGGUCAGAAUUAUCCAGAAGUCCGUGCGCACAGUGGUGUUUCAGGAACUCACGAAAGUGGUUGAAUUCACAGCAGCAAAGAACGACACAUUCUCAUGGCUUAGACUUUUGUGUUUUCCGGUGAUCGUCCUAAACUCGAUUCCCAAGUGCAACCCCAGAAAGGUACACCGUCCCAACAUCAUCCGGCAAAAUUUAGCAAGAUUUUCCCAGCUAAACGACGUACCCAGUUUGUUCCACGAGCUGCUGACUCUACUAGCUAUCGAUCUUCCAAGAAAACCAAAAAGUCGAUCGGAAAAUUGCUAAUAAAAAUUGCACAACGAAAGGUGGCCGAAGGCGAUAUCAGCGGCGCGGUUCGAGUAUUAUCGUCGCAAGAGGGAAUGGCCGAAUGCACGCAAGAAACCAUUGAGAAAUUAAAGGAAAAACAUCCGGACGAACCCAGUCCGACCGACCCUGAAGGGGAUCAUACCGUUGCAUCGUUCGAAACUUCAGUUGAGGAAGUAACUAAUUCUAUGAAGCAUUUCAGGUGGUACAGACAGCUUGAGACCUCGCCACCUUAAGGACCUCAUCUCGUUCACUUGUGGCGACUCAUCCAGCAAUUUAAUUGUGGCCAUCAGCAAACUGGUAAAUUUAAUUCGUGCCGGGAAAAUUUGCCCGAAAAUAUGUCCGAUCUUCUAUGGAGCAGCAUUGAUUGCAUUAGCAAAAUUGAACGGAGAUAUCAGGCCAAUCGUAAUUGGUCUGGUUUGGAGAAGAUUAGCGGGUAAAAUUGGCGUUUUUUCGAUUAAGAAAUCAAUUGCGGAAAUCUUAGCACCCACUCAAAACGGAUUUGACAUAAAAGGAGGUGCAGAAGCGAUUGUGUAUGCUGUCCGAACGUUCAUCGAGGCUCAUCACGGUUCUCCCCUGACCCCUGGCGAUCAUGAAGUUAACACAUUCGCUGCAGUCUCGAUUAAACGCUUGGUUUGCUGAUGAUGGAACGAUUGGAGACACCUUAGAAACCGUCAUUGAUGAUGUGUCUAAAGUCCUAGCUUUCUCAGACACUUAAUCCAUCGAAAUGCGAGGUUUACUUCAUCAACACAACACCCGAUGUUAAGGCUGAAUCAUUGGAAAAAUUGAACCGUCUGUUGCCAGGUAUAAAAGUGCUCGACGAUACCUCAUUCCAAUUGCUUGGGUCGCCAAGCCAAGCCAAGCCUUGGGUCGCCAUUACAGUAAAUGGCAUUUCCGGUGCAUUAGAGAAGGGACUCAGUACCGUGAAAACUUUGUGCAAACGGCUGACAUCAUUGGACAUUCACCCGGCACUACGUUUGCUCCGUAGUUCAUUGUCAUCGCAACGAUUCCAACAUUUGUUAAGAUGUUGCCCAACUUUCACGCAUCCACGUCAACUGUCUGAUAUCGACAGCUUCUACCAGCGAACUCUCGAAGCAAUUACCAAUAACGAAUUGAACGACAGAUCGUGGACCCAAGCAUCAUUACCUCUGGCACUGGCAGGUUUGGGUAUAAGAAAGUUAGUCGAUUUAGCUCACCCUGCAUACUUCGCAUCCGUCUAUCAAUCAGAGGUCUUGUCAAAUCGAAUUCUUGCCAAAUUCAACUUAUGUGUUCAAAACGACUGUUUCUCCGCAUCAAUCGAAUCAUAUCCAACCGAAUGGAUUCCAGUGAAACCGGAACCAAGCAUCGUGGGAUUUGUUUCGGGUAAACCAUAUUUACAACGACCUGCUGUCGUCCAGUGAUCUCACUGAUCGAGCCAGACUCCUGCGUCAUCAACUAAAACAUCUUCAAAGUGGCUGCAAGCUGUACCAUCUCAUCAGUUGGGCCUAUUGCUGGACAACGACUCUGCGAGAAUAGCUGUAGCUCUUCGUUUAGGAAGCAACGUUUGUGAAUCACACGUUUGUGUUUGUGGCAACGUAGUCAAGUCAGAUGGUCACCAUGGACUUUCUUGCAAUAAAAUGAUCGGCAAGUACAAUACACAUACCUCAGUCAACAAGAUAAUGUCAAUGGCCAUUAUAUCUGCUGGAUUCCCAAAUAAAACUAAACCACCUGGAUUAUCACGCCGUGAUGGUAAACGACCCGAUGUUCUGACCUACUACCCUUGGAGAAACGGGAGAUCACUAAUUUGGGACGUUACAGUGGUUGACACGUUGGCGGCAUCUUACAUCUCUCAAACAUCCAAAAAAAGUGGUGCCGCAGCUGAUCUAGCGGAAAGGAAUAAACACAACCAUUACAUUGAUUUAAGAACAGUUACCACUUCACACCAGUGGCGUUCGAAACAUUAGGAUCAGUCGGUCCAGAAACAGAAAUAUUUUUAUCAAAACUUGGUAAACUGAUGAAACAGGCGAGCCGAUAAGUUUAGAUUUUUUGCUGCA